AUGACAAAGCCAACACGAUUAGCGUUCCGCUCUCUCUCUCUUUUUUUUCACCCUCUCUCUCUUUCUAUCUUUCUAUCUAUCUAUCUAUCUCAGUAUAUUCAUUAUCUAUCUAUCUGUCUGUUCUAUAUCUGUCUAUCUAAGUUUGCUCAAUAUCUAUCUAUCUAUCUAUCUAUCUAUCUAUCUAUCUAUCUAUCUCACGCACACAACUUCUCUCUUGCACAGAAAUCUCUUUGCCUGUCAAUAUCGCAUAAUCUUUUUCUUUCCCUCCCUUCUCUCUAUCUCCUCUCUCUAUCUCUUUCUCUCACUUUCUCUCUACUUGUCGUUAUAUCUCUCCAUCUCUCUCUCUCACGCGCACACUCAAACACACUUAUUGACCUAUCAUUCAAGCAGUUUCUAUCUCUCUCUCUUUCUCUCUUACUAUCUAUCUAUCUAACCCGUACGUUUUCUUUCUUUCUAUCUCAUUAUUUUACUUUCUCUCUCUCUCACUCUCUCUCCCUAUCUAUCUAUCUAUCUAUCUAUCUUUCUAUCUAUCUAUCUCAGUCUGUUCAUAUCUAUCUAUCUAUCUAUCUAUCUAUCUAUCUAUCUAUCUAUCUUAUCUAUCUCCCAUUCAUUAUCUUUCGUCACUCUAUAUAUAUCAUAUCCUUUCUAUCUCUCCCUUUUUCUUUCUAUUCUUCUCUCUCUCUCUCUUUCUCUCUAUCUCUCUCUCUAUUCACCUUGUUCAUCUCUCUCUCUCUUUCUGUCUCUCUCUCUCUCUCUCUCUUCCUCUCCUUCUAUUGUAUACCCCUCUUCAAUAAUAGUCUGAAAUUAUUAUAUAAUAUCUCUCUCUCUAUUCAUGUUGGUCUUCUCUCUCCCCCCCCUCCCCCUCCUCUCUCUCUCCCCCUCUCCCCUCUCCUCUCUCUCUCUCUCUCUCUCUCUCUCUCUCUUCAGUACUCCUCUUCUCUGAAAUUAUUAUUUAACAUCUCACUCUUUCUAUUCAUGUUGGUCUUCUCGCUUGCUCUCUCUCUCUCUCUCUCUCUCUCUCUCUCUCUCUCUCUUUCUGUUGUGUACCCCUCUUCUUUCCAUUUCUCUCUAUCUCACCCUAUCUUUUUCUCUCCUCAUUUCUCUCUUGGUUUUUCUCACCUUCUAAAUCACGUUCUCUCUUUUCCUUUAUUUUCUCUAUCUUUCUUUCUUUCUUUCUUUCUUUCUUUCUUUCUCUCUCUCUCUCUCUCUCUCUCUCUCUCUCUCUCUCUCUCUCUCUAUCUCAUGUUUUUCACUCUCUCGUUUCCAUUUUCCCUCUCUAUCUUUAGUCUCUACAUUUCCCUUCUCUCUCUCUUCCUCUCUCUAUCUCUCUCUCUCUAUCUCUCUCUUUACUCUCUUUCUUUCUUUUCCUAUCGUUCUUCCUUUCUUUCUAUUUUUCUUUCUUUCACUGACUCUCCCUAUCUAUCUAUCUAUCUAUCUAUCUAUCUAUCUAUCUCUCUCUCACUGACUCUCUCUCUCUCUCUCUCUCUCAUGUCUCUAUCUAUUUUCUUCUUUCUUUCAACACGCCCCCCUUUCUACUCUCUCAAUUCUUUUAAUUCAGUUUAUUCCGUUUUCUUUAUUUCUUUCUUUAUUUCUUUCUUUCUUUCUUUGCCGUCUCCCCUUUCUCUUCUUCUUCGUAAACCAUUCAAUCUUUCUUUCGUUUUUUUUCUUUUUCUCACAUUUUUUAUCUCCUUACAAUCGAUCUUCCACUGCUUCUGUCUUUCUUUCUCUUACAAAUUUCUUCUUCUUCUUCUUCUUCUCUUCUUCUUCUUCUUCUUCUUCUUCGUCGUCGUCGUCGUCGUCUCCUUUUUCGUCUACUUCUUCUUCUUCGUCUUCUUCUUCGUCUUCUUCUUCUUCCCCGUCUUCAUCUUCUUCUUCUUCUGCGCCUUCUUCUUCGUCGUCUUAAUCUUCUUCUUCUCCCUCUUCUUCUUCUUCUUCUUCUUCAUUGUCGUCGUCGUCGUCUUCUUUUUCGUCUAA